AUGAAGCCACACGAGGGAGAGCUCGUCAGAGAGAUUUCUAAGCUCCAGAGUAUGGUCUCUGAGCUGAAGGCUGGCUUCUCUAGGGCCCUGCUGGAGCUCAACCAGAUCCAACAGGGGGACUGUCACCUGCAGGCUGAACUAGAGGACACCAGGAGAGGGUGUAACAAACGGGCGCUCCAUCUAGAGGCUCUGGUGCAGUCCCUCAGGGAGGAACUGGGUGAGAUUCGGUGUCAGAUUCAGCAGCUGUUCGGUGGCCGUCUCCAGGCUGAGCAGGACGGGAAGUCAUCACAGCAGCAGCCGGGCGAGACCAGAGCGAUAGGGAACGCAUCAGCACAGAGAGACAAAGGAGCAGAUACACUGCAGGGCUGCUCUCUGGAGGGCACGAGACAGCGUCUGGCAAUGAUGCUGCUUCACUCGGAGUGGGAGUAUGUAUCCAGCCUGGGGCAGCUCUAUGACAAGUACAAAACUCCACCCGCGCCACCCAACAACCCAGAGCCCCAUAAGACUUUUUUGAAAUACGUGGAGCAAAUGCUGCAGCGCCACCUGGUGUUCAGGAAUGGGCUGGAGGACCAUUUGUGCGCUGACCAGUGGAGGUGUCACAUAGGGGACACUUUUGUCAAGCUGACAGGACAAAACGACUCAGGUUUUUCUGAUGCAUAUCUUGGAUACAUGACAAGCCUAGCAACCAUACUCUCCGCAGAGUUCAGUCAGGCUCAACAGGGUGAUAAAUCACAGGUAAGAGAGGAGAGGGACAGCUUGAGGCUUGUCUCACUGCUGUUAGCACCUGUAUCACGAAUCCAUAGCUACUUGAGCAUAAUCCAGAAUCUGUUGGACUGGACGAGCAGUGGGCAUCCAGACAGGGAUUCACUGCAGGAGAGUCAGAGGGUCCUGAGGAGCCUUUGUGACAACUGUCACACUGCCCUAGAGAAGGAUGGCCACUGGGGAGAGGAGGCAGUGCCAAACCAUGGUGGCAGAUGUAUGACCGAGAGCCCGGACUGCGUCCCCUCUGCCUUCACCAAGUAUUGUGCCAAUCCGAGAAUGCCUCAGGACACGGCCGUUAACGGCCACCCGAGAAGGGACUGCCAUCUUCCUACACCACAACCCGUUCCAGCAAUGCCACCCUCUGGUCGAAUCUUAAGGAAUGAUCCUCAGACCGGCAGUCUGCCUCAUCGUGUCAGCGCGGGUCACCCAGUGCCAGUGGGCUGUUGGCCUCCGCCAGGCUGUGACUGGGAAGGCAAAGCCGACCAGUGCCGGCCCAUCCCGCUCCGCGUGCCAGCCAGUCUCCAGAGUACAGAGUUAAGCCUGUUCCUCAACCCGCUCGUCCCCGGCGGAGCGGGCGGAGUGGGUGGCCUGGCUAACUCAGGAGGGGGCUCUUCUGCUCAGGCUUUGGGGAGAUGCUUGGCCCUGGACGGCCGCGUGUCCGGACGCGUUUACCAUUUGAAUAGGCGCCUGGAGGACUGCGACACAGACUGUGACCCCGAGGACCUAGGCGACGCCUCGGUCUUUGAUUACUCCUCCGUGACCUCCUGCAGUCCUGACGAUAUUCUGGAGAUGAGGGGUCAGGGAGGGGGGGGCACAGAGAGUCGGGAAGAGGAAGAGGAGGAGGGAGAGGAAGACAGCGAGAUUCCAGUUCUCCUGAGGCCCUCAUACACACACUCUGCUCUGCAGCCAGGAGGUGGCGCUCACAGGGAAGGGUCCGUGUGUAUGAGGUGGCAGAUUCCACGGACUGCAUCGUUCUUCCCUACCCAGAACCCCCCUGAUCUAUGUGUGGGGCCACAAGGGUCAGGGACACAGGGUUCUGGGAGCAAGAGGCUACACAGCGCCCUAAAAAACAGAGAGCGCCUCCCCACAAGUGCCUUCCGUCCCAUUUGGGAUGCACCUUGCAAACAGGGGGACGUAACCCCAGCAAAGGAAAACGGUGUCACUCCUAGACCACUGAAACGUCAAGAAAGAUCAAUUCUUAAGCCUCAACCACAGAAUAAGGAGAGCUCUAGCUCUGGGCUGGAGGCCUCAGUAUAUGGAGCAGAAUGCAGGGGGAGCCCUGUGGGAGCUCAGAGGACUGAGACUAUGUGGAAUGAAAGUGAGGACAGUGAGGGACCGUGCAGCACUGUCUGA